AUGAUGUCCAUGAACAGCAAGCAGCCCCACUUCGCCAUGCACCCGUCCUUGCCGGAGCACAAGUACCCUUCGCUUCACUCCAGCUCCGAAGCCAUCCGGAGGGCAUGUCUCCCAACUCCGCCGCUGCAGGGCAAUCUCUUUGCCACCCUGGACGAGACGUUGCUGGCGCGGGCAGAGGCUCUAGCAGCCGUGGACAUCGCCGUCUCGCAGGGCAAAAGCCACCCUUUCAAGCCGGAUGCCACCUACCACACCAUGAACAGCGUGCCCUGCACCUCCACUUCCACGGUGCCCUUGGGUCACCACCACCAUCACCACCACCACCAUCACCAGGCGCUGGAACCGGGCGACUUGCUGGAGCACAUCACCUCCCCUUCGCUCGCGCUCAUGUCCGGCGGCGGGGCGCACGAAGGGGCGGCCGGCGGGGGCGCAGGCGGCGGCGGCGGCGCGGCCGCGGCCGCAGCUGCAGGCGCCGCCGGGCUGGCUUCCAUCUGCGACUCGGACACGGACCCACGCGAGCUGGAGGCCUUCGCGGAGCGGUUCAAACAGCGGCGGAUCAAGCUGGGCGUGACGCAGGCCGACGUGGGCUCGGCGCUGGCCAACCUCAAGAUCCCCGGCGUGGGCUCGCUGAGCCAGAGUACCAUCUGCCGCUUCGAGUCGCUCACGCUCUCGCACAACAACAUGAUCGCGCUCAAGCCCAUCCUGCAGGCGUGGCUGGAGGAAGCCGAGGGGGCCCAGCGCGAGAAAAUGAACAAGCCGGAGCUUUUCAACGGCGGCGAGAAGAAGCGCAAGCGGACUUCCAUCGCGGCGCCGGAGAAGCGCUCCCUCGAGGCUUACUUCGCCGUCCAGCCGCGGCCCUCCUCGGAGAAGAUCGCCGCCAUCGCCGAGAAAUUGGACCUCAAAAAGAACGUGGUGCGAGUUUGGUUUUGCAACCAGAGACAGAAGCAAAAACGCAUGAAAUUCUCCGCCACCUAUUAAACCGUUCACGCGGGGCUUGGUUGAUAUGACCGGAGACGGACCGAUAAACUGAAACUUUUGAGUGGAAAGA